AUUUUGUUUUGUUUUGUUUAUUUAUAUCUUUUGGGGUGCGAGCAAAUUGGGGAAAGAAGUCGGUCGCAUCGCAGUGAACGAACGAACGAUACGUAUAACGAAGAAAGAAAGCAAAGCCAAGCCAAGCCAAUCCAAUCCAGACUGCAUCCUUCACUCCCUCUCCUUCUCCCUCUCCUGCGCUCCGCUCACCCUCAGGCUUGAGGUUGAGUUAAAUAAAGAAUAAGGUGUUACUCCUAUUCUCUCUCGUCCAUCCCAUGGCAGCAACCCCCGCAGGUACCGUGGUUCCGGCGAACCGCCGCAGAGCAGCGUCGGCGCAGGAUGAUCAGCUCAUCUUCGAGACCACGCCCGGGGUGGAGAUCGUCGUCAGCUUCGACCAGAUGGAGCUCAAGGACGACUUACUCCGUGGGAUCUACAAUUACGGCUUUGAGAAGCCCUCCGCCAUCCAGCAGAGAGCCGUCAUGCCCAUCAUCAGCGGCCGGGAUGUCAUCGCCCAGGCCCAAUCUGGUACCGGCAAGACCUCCAUGAUCGCUCUCACCGUUUGCCAGAUUGUCGAUACCUCCAGCCGAGAGGUGCAGGCAUUGAUCUUGUCGCCUACAAGGGAAUUAGCAUCGCAGACAGAGAAAACUAUACUGACUAUUGGUAGUUUUAUGAACAUACAAGCCCAUGCUUGUAUCGGAGGCAAAAGCUUGGGAGAAGAUAUCAGAAAGCUCGAGCACGGUGUUCACGUGGUGUCUGGAACUCCUGGCAGAGUUUGUGACAUGAUCAAGAGGAGGACACUGCGUACAAGGGCGAUUAAACUACUUGUCCUUGAUGAAUCUGAUGAAAUGUUGAGCAGAGGCUUUAAGGAUCAAAUCUAUGAUGUCUACAGAUAUCUGCCCCCAGAGCUUCAGGUUGUUCUGGUCUCUGCUACUCUACCCAAUGAGAUAUUGGAAAUCACAAGCAAGUUUAUGACAGAUCCUGUGAGGAUCCUUGUGAAGCGUGAUGAAUUGACUUUGGAGGGCAUCAAGCAAUUUUUUGUUGCAGUUGAAAGGGAAGAGUGGAAGUUUGACACUUUGUGUGAUCUUUAUGAUACCCUAACUAUAACGCAGGCUGUUAUUUUCUGCAACACAAAGCGGAAGGUGGAUUGGUUAACUGAGAAGAUGCGCAGUUGUAAUUUCACUGUUUCAUCAAUGCAUGGGGACAUGCCUCAAAAGGAAAGAGAUGCAAUCAUGGCAGAAUUCCGAUCAGGCGCAACACGAGUGCUGAUCACAACAGAUGUUUGGGCCCGGGGACUUGAUGUUCAACAGGUUUCCUUGGUGAUUAACUAUGACCUGCCAAACAAUAGAGAGCUGUAUAUUCACCGCAUUGGUCGAUCUGGUCGUUUUGGACGCAAGGGUGUUGCUAUUAACUUUGUCAAGAGUGACGAUAUCAAGAUCCUGAGGGACAUCGAGCAGUACUACAGUACCCAGAUAGAUGAAAUGCCGAUGAAUGUUGCGGAUCUCAUAUGAUAGGAGCAUUAGAUAAUGAUCAGUUGUUCCUUUUUCUUCAUCUAUAUAUUCUGAUCAAAUUCCCAAGUGUGGAUGUUACUGAUGAGAGUUGGCACUUUGUGGGAUGGAGUUGGUUGUUUCUUUUGGUCUUGUGACGUGUAACAAUAUAUACAUUUUACUGACAUGGGAGUUGGGUUGUGAUUGCUGCGGUCCAAUGUGUAGGAGGAACAAACGACAUAACAGUUAGUGUGAGGUUGGGUCGGGGUGGGUGGAUAUUUCUUAAUAUUGACGCGGUUGCAGGUCUUAAUGUUAAAUGCUGGAAGGAUGGGAUCUUAUUUAAGUUUUUCAAUUUUUGUGAGUUAAUGGUGUUGGCGUUGCA